AAUUAUUAUGCAAGAUUAUUUCUCUUUCUUCUUCUCAACGGAUAAUUCACUCUUUCUUUCGAGUUUUCCGAUCGUUUUUAAUUUAUCGUAGUUGCGUGGAAUCCUGGAGUUUCCCAAUUUGCAAAAUUGUGACAAGUUUUAUUGGGGAUGCUGUCACAUCGGAAAGAUUUUUAAUUUAACUGAUUUAUAACUCAAAAAAGCAUUAAACUAAAUUAGGUUCUUUUAAACAGAAAAUUGAGCUAACUGUUUGUUAAAAUUGAGGAUAAUUUAUGUUCUGUCCACAUCAAAUUUUUAGCUCAUUAGCUCAGGACUAAUGUAAUUUAAUUUACCAAACUUGUAUCUUGUUUUUCAAUUUCUAUAUGUAUUUUUGGGUUUAAUUGGGGAUCUUACUCAUCACAAAAUACAAGAAUAGUAACUCAUAACAGAGGUUUUGGUACUGCUUUGGAUUCUUGUGAUCGUGGAUUCUAUUAAUUUUACACAACUGUUUUUGCACUGUUACGGCAAGCUUUUUUUUUUAUUAAUUUAUUAUUAUUAUUAUUAUUACUCACUGUAUUGGUUCAUGUCAUCACAUGUAUCUGUUUCCUCCAAUGCUGUUAACAGAGGUUGCCAUUUUGUUUCUUCUUGUACUAUCUAUUUUGAGAAGCUUACAAAUUUUCCAAUCUAUAAUUUGAAAAUCAUUGCAAAGGGCACUGGCUGAAAAUACCACAUGAUCUACUUUGGCAUAUGAUUAAUAUUUAAGACAAAGAGAUUGCUUAAGUAAAGAUCUUACUUCUGCUUUAAGUCUUUGAAAGUGGGGUCAAAGAUGAGCUUCACUUGGGAUGCAAUGAGUGUGAAACCACCUGGAAAUGUUAAUCUAGUAAGUCAGUCCUCCAUAUACUCUCUCACUUUUGAUGAGUUACAGAACACCAUUGGUGGAAUUGGUAAAGAUUUUAUUGGAUCAAUGAACAUGGAUGAACUCUUGAAAAACAUAUGGACAGUUGAAGAGACUCAGGCUUUGACUUCUUCAGCUGGUGGAGGUGGAGAAGUUGGAGAAGGACUUAACCCAUGUGGUAAUUUGCAAAGACAAGGUUCCUUAACAUUGCCAAGGACACUUAGUCAGAAAAAAGUUGACGAGGUUUGGAGGGAUUUGAUGAAAGAUAAUAAUGAUGGGGCCAGAGAUAAUAGUGGUUCAUAUAUGCCUCAAAGACAACCAACAUUAGGAGAAGUGACAUUGGAAGAGUUUUUGGUGAGAGCUGGUGUUGUGAGAGAAGAUACUCCUCAGGCUCAACAAAUUGAAAGACCAAAUAAUAAUGGAUGGUUUAGUGACUUUUCUAGAUCAAACAAUAACACCAAUCUACUUGGCUUUCAACAACCAAAUGGAAAUAACGGUGAUUUGAGUGACAAUAACUUAGUUCCUAAACACCUUCCUCUUCAUCAAUCUCAAAGGCCGCCACCUCUUUUCCCAAAACCUACAAAUGUAGCAUUUGCUGCUCAUAUUCAUUUGUUAAACAAUGCUCAACUUGGUAACCCUGGCAGAAGGGGAGGGAUGACUGGAGUUCAAGAGCAUUCAAUGAAUGGUGUUGGAAUGCUUGGUUUAGCUGCGGCAAAUGUCACAGCUCCUGUUGCUUCUCCGGGAAGUAAAAUGUCGCCGGAUGAAAUUGCAAAGCAUAAUGUAGAUUCUUCUACACUGUCACCAGUUCCUUAUGUAAUCAACAGAGGGAGGAAAUUUGGUUCUGUAGAUAAAGUUGUUGAAAGGAGACAAAGGAGAAUGAUAAAGAAUAGAGAAUCAGCUGCUAGGUCACGGGCUCGCAAGCAGGCCUACACCGUUGAACUAGAGGCUGAAGUUGCAAAACUUAAGGAAGUAAACGAGGAAUUGCAAAGAAAGCAGGCAGAGUUUGUGGAAAUGCAGAAAAAUAAGGAGGACCUGCUUAGGGCAAAUAAAAUAAAAUACUUGAGAAGGACACUUACAGGUCCGUGGUAGAUUAUGUGAGUUGUUUGGUCUAAAGUGAAAGCUUGUAGGAAGGAAGGCAUUGUUAUGUCAUAUGGAGAGGAGUUAUGUACUUUAUGUAUGUAAGAUGUGAUGUGAAGUAACUAAAGUUCAACACUAGACAGGAUGGUAGCUUUCGUAUAUAUGUAAUUAUGUAUUAGGUACUAGGAGUGUUGAGUUGUAAAUUAAAGUAUUAAACUUGCAUUUUGUGUAAUAAACUAUUUUAUUUUCUCGAAUGUCAUUUUCUUUUGUAAGUAUAUGAUGAUCAGACUAGCCUAUUGUUACCUGUUGGACUGUCUAUCUUUCUCA